CUGUUCUUUUAUUCCAUUUUUGUUUCUAAGGUUCCUAACUAUUUAAGAAGUUACCAUGCUGGAGACAUUGAAAAUGUUCAUGUGACAUCUUGGAGCUCAAAAUAACGCCCUGCCAUUAACAUUAAAGCAUUCAGUGCCAUGAUUGGGUAGUGCGAUCCUGUCCAUUGUCAUCUUGAUGAUCUCAAAGACAUCUUCUGGUGUUUCUCAUGAUUGAAGCCUUGUUUUGGACUCCUAUACCCAUCUCAAGCUUCCGCUGGAACUUUCCAAGUUAUUGUGCCAUUGUUUAUUUAUGAUACUCGGCAAACACUGAAAAGAAAGCACCGAUUCUUCCUGCUUAAGAUCCACUGUGAGCAAAGCUUUAUAGCUGCACCACUUUUGAGCUACUAAACCCCAGAUUUCCGCCUCCGACAAAUGGAUGUCUCAGUACGGAACUGAAGAAAUAAUAGUCGAUUAAGUAGAAAAUUUUAUGGUAUUCGGAUUUGUUCCCAUAAUUUGUCAUACAUUGGGUGGGGGGAGUUAAAUUAAGUCCAACAGAAUCCUAUUACCCAAACCCACUACUUGGCAAAAGAUGAAGGCAUCAGAAAUUCCGAUGAAAGAGGAAACGCAAGUAAAGAGAGAAGAAGAAGAAGAAAGUGAGAAACGGAAGCCCCUUUUCAGACCCGCCAAAGACGACACCAAACCACUGCUCCAGGACCCUAUAUUGAGAUCCGAUCCGAUUGAGACAGAGGAAGCUGUGCUGCGCUUGCCUCCUAUACCAGAUUGCAUCAAAUCUCAAUCCCGAGGAGGCCUAUGAGUUCACUUUCUUUGGCAGCUGGAACUUGAAGGAUGAAUUCCACCGGUUUCCGAUCGCAUUGGCGCCUCCUCUUGAGGUUCGGAACUCAUUGCUGAUAAUUGCUAUUUACUGUUAAAAAUCAUCAAGAUUUUGUGUGCGCCCUUAUCCUAUGAUGUACAAGACCAACAGUACAUUGUGGUAAGGCGUGUUGGGGUUUAACUUGUACGUUUGCAAUUCCUUUUUAUAUCAAUAUUUGAUGUUUACUCGUCUAUUGCUUAUUCAGUUCAACACACGUUACGCUUCAAAAUGUGAUUAGUUGAGCACAAUGUUUUUUUCAAACUUAUAUGUGGAGUUGGAGCAGCA